CGAGACAUGAUUUCGUCUGCUUGGGUGAAAAGAAACUUCAGAAGGAAUUUUUUGAAAGACAGAAAUUAAAGAAACACAAUCCUCAUGAUUUAGCAUAUGGAAGAAAAAAAUCAAUGAAUCGAAUAAUCAGUCAGGACAUAGCUGCUCUUCAAACAGUUAAUAGAUUCUCCCCCAACUUUUCUUGUUUAGGAGUAGAUGAAGGUCAAGUUAAAAAGGUUGAUUUAAAAGGUUAUAGGUCUACCGUGGUUAAAGGAAAUAGAGUACAAGAAGUUGAUUUACCUCAUUCCCCUAUAGCCAUACCAUCUUCUCUUCAACUGACUGAUUCCACUAGUACUAAAGCUGAAAAUCCAAAAUGGAAAGAUAUUUUUAUAGAAAAAACAGAGAAACAUGAACCAAAAUCUUUGUUUUCAUAUCAUGUAAAACAGAAUGAGGUGCCUGUUAAGAAGAGACCCCAAACAUGUCUAAGUGAAUAUAACUCAACAGUUGUUCCAAAUGUUUCUAACAAAAAGAUGAAAUUACCUAUUGAUGAUUGGGGACUCAGCUCCCAAAUUGUUGAAAGAAAAGAUACAACAGACAAAGAUAUGUUCCAUUCAUCUGCUCAAGUGAACAAUCCUUGGGCUAGUGAAGAUUUCCAGAUCACUCCUCUAAAUGAAUAUGAUGUCAAAUACGAAGAUAUGAUUCCAUGGAAAGUCAAUGGUGAUUUCAAUAAAAAGUCUUUGAAAGAGGACAUAAAUCCCAAACCAUGGAUUCAGGAGAAUUUUAAAUCCUUAAAACCAAGUUAUAAGACAUCAUAUGAUAACAAUUUCCCCAAAUUAUCUCCUGAAAUUUGUCAUACUAAAAAACACCAUUCAAGCCGUUUUAAUCCGAUAAAACCUCCAGAUUUAUACCUUGAAGAGAAAUUUUCCAGAAAUUCUCAAAAAGCAUAUAAGAAUAAAUCAAGGGAAGAAUUAAAGAAUCAUAUGAAUCAAUAUUCAAAAUUGGACUCUUUUGAUGGUGACUAUUCAUUUCAUGCUUUUAAAAAGCCAAAACACCACAACAAUUGGGAUCAAAUCAUGUUCUCAAAUCCUCACAUGAAUUCAGUAAAAUAUUAUGAAUCUUAUUCAACUUCAUCUUAUUAUGAACCAGAUAGUGAAAGUACUCCUGUGAAUAAACUUACACACAAUAAAAGAACAGGAAGUCAUUCAACUUUAGAAGAAAUUAAAAGUAAUUUUAUAAGAAAUCAUGGUAAUAUGAACAGUUUGUUAGAUAAUCAUCACUAUAAAAUGCCACCAAGAAUAGGAAAUAUUCCAGUUGAAUCUCCCUUGUUUCGAUUUCAUCCAAGAAAUUACCAUGAAAAGAACCAAAUUGCUAAUGGAGAUGAAACACCCAUCUGUGAAAACCCUCCCCAUUUAUUUAACAAUCAUCAUAAUGUCAGAAAGUCUCUUACUCCUCUUUUUGACUCAACUCAACAAAUGGCUGCUUUAACACCAAAUGAACUAUCUUUUGUUAAAAUGCUGAGCCAAGACCAAAAAGUUAUGACCUCUUUUGAUGAAGAAUCCAACAUAGGUUUAAGAGAUGGUGGAACGCCAUACUUUAGAGAAAAAAGUAAGAAGAGGAAAAGUGCUGAUAAAUCAAAAGAAAUGACAGAAGUUUUAGCUGAACUUAGUCAAUUACAGCAUGAAAAUGAUAAAGAUAAUAUGCAAAGUGUAUCCCCUGUUUCUCAGACACAGACAACAAUGGAUUCACCAAAUUUGAGUGAAAGUGUCCAUAGAACAAUGGAAACUGAAGUUCAUGUUGAAAAGAAACCUUUAAAUAAAACCAUCUCUAAAUCAGAUACUCCAACAUCCAAUGGAGAUUUAUUAGAUACUAACCAUGCUCCUAUUUUUAAUGACAAUUUGCCAGAAUACAAUCAUGCUCAAUGUACAUCCAAAGAAAAUUUGUCCAAAAACAACAGUACUAGCACAUCUAAAGAAGAUUUGUUUGAUAAUAACAUUACCUGCAUAACUAAUACAGAUUUUCUAGAUAAAAACAAUACCUGCAUAUCUAAAGAAGACUUUUCAGAACAUAAGCAAGUUCCUUCUACAUCAGCAGUAGAUUUAUCAGUGAGUAGACAAAUCAGUGAUAAAACUUUGUGCCAUUCACCAAUCCUGAUACCAGAUUCUUUUGAAACUCAAGCUGCCACAAAAAGAUUAAACAGAAGUUUUGAAGAUGGCAAUCCAGAAUCUUUUAAUUUACAAGUUGACACUAAAAAAGCUCAUGUGCACAAAUUGGAUCAUAUAGCAAACAAUAUUGAUGUGCUUACACCGAAUGACUUUUGCACAUCGGAUCAAACCUUAGAACCUUUCUCUUCAGUACAUAACGACGGAACAAAUACAGCAAUUUCUUUAAGACAGAAGGAGAACACCGUACAGCUUGAUGUUCAUGUGGACAUGACUAGAGAUCUGGAAUCUGAAGCAUCAUCAGUUGAUCCAACAACAUCAUGUCAUCUACUUCUCCAGUCUGGUGAUGUCCUGCACAGGCUAAGAGUUGAUCAGGCAACCCAAACUGAUGUUUUAACCAAGGAAGUAGCCUUGUCACCGAUAUUUAAAAAAUAUAGUAGUAUCAGUGUAAGUACACAAUGGCAAUCUCUGGAGUUUUAUAGUCCGAAGUUCACUCAAGGGUGUGUGGAACUUUGUGAAGAUGAGACUAAUGGGACACAACUCCACACUCAUUGUAAUGUGAAAGACAUAGAAAAAUUCUCAACUGAAUACCUGACAUCAACACAAGACUCUCUCAUGGAUAAUUCUGAUUCUUCUCAAACUCAAAGCUUUUAUUCAUUGAGAUCUCGCCAGAAAUGUCUUCAAUCAUAAUUAAUCUUAACAGACACACCAAAGAACAUUUCUAUUCAUGUGAGCACGGUGUCCUCAACUACAUAGAACAUUUAUUUGAAUAAGAUUUCUUGGAUAAUAGAGAUUUGGAAUAUGACACCCCAACUUUAUGUGUUUUUUUCCUUACUGUUUGUCCAUAAAUUUUGUAUUCUGUUGUUUCAUAGUAUUUAUUGUAUUAUUCUUUGUUAAUUUUCUGCAUAAAAUAGAUUUAUUUAUAUUUGG